UACUUUUCUGUUAUUAGUCUUGAGAUUUUAUUACUAUAUGAUCUCCAUCGGUCACCGUGCCUCUGCUCUGCGAUUCAGUCGUGUAUAUUUCGUACAAUUAGGGUUCUUAGAAGUGGUAAGUGAUUUAAAGGUCUUUGAUACAGUAGGCUAGGGAUUCAAAUCUGAGAGUUGGGCUUCUUUUACUCUGAACUCUAUGACCGAACCCAAUUGAAACCUAUCAUAAACAUAUAUUGGAAAUCGGAGCGGAGAAAAGAAGUUGGGGAAAUUUUUGAGUCUGUAAACUAUGCGGGGAUUGCACAAAUCGAAAAGGGUUUCAUGGGCUUCAGAUGUAAACCUUUGUCAGGUUAGGCUGUUCCUAUCAGAGGAGUCACCUACACAAGUUGGGCUGGGUGCUCAAGAUCACCUCCAAGCAAAGACGUCAUUGGUAUUGCAUUCAACAGGACCAGGGUCUGAUGAUAACCUGCCCCCUGGCUUUGAAGGAUCUCAUCCUGAUAACCAACUGCAGAUUAAGCUGUCCCAAAUUCAUCUCAUCAAAUGGAGAUCUCCUUCUCAGUUUGUGCUGGAUUUCACUUGGCAAGUGGUUGCGGGGGAAGAAAGUGAGGAGAGUGAGGUUCAAAGUCAGAGGGAGAUGAGAGUACUCGAAGCUGUUUAUCCACGCCCCUCUGCCAUUCCUCCUAACCCUUCUGUUUCAGUAGAUACAGAAGACUCGAGUCACAAAGAUGAGCAAACUCUUUUGAUACCUCUUACUCCCAUUGAGGAUGAAGAUGUGGCGGUUGAUAUAUCACCUGAUUCUGUUGCACCAUUUAAUGUUCCUAUAAGCCAUCAGUCACUGCUAUUGGCUCCUGGAAUUCCAUCUCCGUCUCAAGGUAGUUUACCUACCAUUGCAAACCCUCCCGUCCAGAAGCCACCUGCUGCAAUGGUUGUUGGUGCACAACCUCAUGUUGUAGCAUCUGCAUCUGCUGCUAUAAAUGCAAUUGGGAAGACCAAUGAGCAUGGAAACUUGAUUGACCCUGAAUUGCUCAUUACAAUUCUAAGCAACCCAAAAAUGAUUGAGAAAUUGGUUACAGAUUAUGGAAUGGGCACCAAUACACAGGAUGUACCCAAGGCUAGUUCACCUCCGGUGGCUUCAUCGGAUCAACAUCCCAUUCCCAUUAAUCGGAGAGUAACUGGUACACCCUCAUCAGCUACCGUAUUAGGUGGACCGUUCUACCCUAAGCCAAAUGGGGUUGCAGUACGACAUCCAAAUCCACCAAUUUCUCCGCCCCCAGUUGUACCAGUUUCCUCUCCACCCUCUGUCGGAGCUCCUCCUGCAAAGGACAUCAACUAUUACAAGAGCUUGAUUCAACAACAUGGGGGAGAAAGACCAGAGGCCCUUCCACAAUAUGGUAACCGUCACAGUCACCAGUCGGGAGCAAACCAGGAAUUGAUAAAUAACCACAAAUCGAGAGAUCUGAGGCCUAAAAUUAUGAAACCUUGCAUAUAUUUUAAUAGUUCAAGAGGAUGUCGGAAUGGAGCCAACUGUGCAUAUCAGCAUGAUACAUCAUUCCAGCAGCGGGGGAGUAGUGUGCCGGAGGCGCAAAGUGCGAAGAGAAUGAAACUGAAUAGGGAGAUCAGCAGUUAGCCUUUCUACUACUGAAUGUACAUUUCUCCAGAUGGGAAGGCUUAUUGCAGCUAUCAAUAUCUUCGUUCUCUUUUGGCUUGAUUUUAUCGUCAAAUUGUUUACCUUUUUACCACUUUACUCUAUUUUGCGUGAAACAUUGAGAUUUAAAAUUAUGGUGGGGAUGGUUUGAUCUGAUAAUCUUCACGGAUAUUAGUUAAAAGGUUAAACACAAAAUUAAUUGAGCUUUUUACUC